AUGUUAGUGUACGUCUUCCUGGCCAUCGUCGCCGCCAUCGCCUACUUUUACUUCCAAGUGAGCGAGAGUCCAUCUUCAGAAACGUGUGACAAACGGGAAUUUGAGAGUGGAGCGAAGAAAAAUGACGUGAGUGCUCCGAAAAGUGCGCGUUCGUCGACUUCGAGUCGCAAGAGGCAAUCUCCAACGAAGGAGCAGCAGCCGCCGGCAGUCGUCACCGAGCAGCCCGGUCCCCAGCCGCCCGUCCAAGCUAAACCGGUCCCACAAGAACAGCCCGAAAUCCAGCAACCCGUCCAGGCGCCCGUCCCCGAGCAACCAGUGGCUCCUCCCGUCGAACAGAGACCGAUCGGCGGAAACUCUGUGAUGCUGGCCCCCAAGGACAACGGUCCCGGAGAAAUCGGCGGCCAGUCCCUGAGUCUGGCUCCGACUGUCGGUGCAGAUCAGGGAGCGGCUCCUGCCGGUGCUCCUGCGGAUUCUAUGAUGCUGGCUCCGAAGACCAACGAAGGAGCGCAGGCCCCACAGCCAGGCGGGCCGGCUUCUACUUACCUGGCUCCUCCGGAUCAGACGGCUGCUCCCGCGGAUUCUGCUCCGACUGCUUCUACCUCGGAUUCCGCUGCUUCGGCUCCUCCGACUAACGAAAAGUCUAAGAAAAAGAAGAAGAAGAAGUCGAAGUCGAAGGAUACCAAAAGUGAGUUUCGAGUGAGAAAGGGAGAGCCCCUAGAACAUAUUUUGCAGAAUCCAACAAGAAAUCGAAGAAGAACAAGAAGAAGAGCAAGGGCUCGAAGGGCUCCAUCACGGCUUCUCCGGCUGCUCCAAGUGAGCCCGAGCAAGGAGUGAAGACGGCCACAGAACUGCGCAACGACACCCCCGAAUCGAGCGUCGCGACUGCCCAGUCGAUUCCGUCGCCGGCCGGAGGAGACACUCCCGAAGGCGACGUGAAGACGGCCGCCGAGGCGACGGACGAUCAGCCGGAGAGCGGAGUCAAGACGGCGAAGGAGGCGGAACAGGGGACGGCGCCCGAAUCGGACGUGAAAACGGCCAACGAGAUCCCGACGGACGCUCCCGAAUCGGGAGUCUCCACAGCUCAGAGCAUUCCGUCGAAGGCGAGCAAGAAGAAGAAGAGUUUGUUGGAACGGGUACUUUUUGGGUCUAGAAUUGUGGUUUCAGAGCGCAGCAAAUCGAAGAACAAGUCGUCCGGCAACUCGCAGUAA